AUGGUGGCGAUUUUUAUAUUAAUUAAAGGACUAGUAGGGUCUGAGUACAUUGUGAAUAUUGCGUCUCAAUCCACAUGGGUAAAUCCUGGGGACAAUUAUGUGGCGUACUGCAAUAUCCCUGACCUUGGGGCGCUCGACAUUAUCAUUAACUUGAAGGUCAAGUGGCUCCACAACAAUCAACCAUUGACCAGUCUGUGUGAGUUCCUGUCAUCUGAACACGCCCAGAAGUAUUCCUGCAAAGUUCUGUCACCACAGCAGAACAACGUCAGCUUAGAACUCACAGUAUUAAAUGUUCAGAAAGCAGAUGCAGGGAAUCUAACCUGUGAUGUGUAUGAGAAGAUCAAGGAGAAUGAGCACUGGGUCAGGGAUGAAUUGGUGGCCAUAAAAUCUCUGGCUAUACAAGUCAGAGAGCCAAUCAAAAGUAUGAUGUUCAGGUUUGACGCCAACAAAGACGAAUAUCUCACCCUAGACAACAAUGAGACCCUUCACGCAAUGGAGGUCUUAUCUGGCAAGUACGCCCCCUCUUGUGAGGCGAUCGGUGGCAUGCCAAAAGCCAAUGUCCAGAUCAUGAUGGGCGACCAGAUGAUGCAGGGGAGGAUCAUGGACAUAGAAAACAAGAUGGGCACGGAAUUUGUUGCCGAUGCGACAGAUUUCAGAGGCAACAGCCAAAUUAAUGUAACGUGUACUGCAGAAGUUGAAGGACUACCCAACUCAGAAAUGCAACUAACCUAUCGAGUAGUGGUCAGACAAAGAGAUCCUAAAUUCAGGUGUACCAAUACAUCUGCUGCUGUUAACAACAAACGACACAAAAUUACAUGUGAAGUGUACGAUGUUGACGGUAUUUCUUGUAACAACAUCUUGUGGAAGCGAGGAGACACUGGUGAAGAUUAUGAGCCCGGCAGCUAUUUCAAUAUCAAUAUAGCUUGUACGGAAGUAACUAUUUCUAAGAUAAAAACGACGUUGGAGAUUCUGCAGGUGACGGCGGAGUAUUUUAAGACACCGUUCAGUGUCAUUUACAAUGACACACUGUCCCACACAAAAGAGUUCCAGCUUAUAAUUCCGGAAGCUAAAUACAGAAACUCGGGAGCGGCCCUGCAGACAUCUCUUGCAUUAAUAUAUUCUAUGUUCUCAUUGGUGUUUUGUUACAAAUACAGUGACUAGGCAACAAAAACAAAGAAAACAAAUAGUAAAGUUGCAAUUAAAGACCUUUUUUGUUUCACCGUGUAAAGCAUAAAGUUGCAUUUUAGUUGACUAUGUAGCAGAGUUUCUUGUCAGAUCCAAAACCCAACCUGAUUUAUUUAAGGUAUAUCACUCCUCAUGUUUUGAUUUCAUUGCGCAGAUGUUCAUUAUAUUUUAAAUGAAUAUGAUUUUAUUAAUUUAAACCUCACAAAAAGAUCAUCAUUUCAUAAUUACACAACAUUCGUAAAGAAAAUCCAUUUGAAUUCAAGAAACGAACAAGUUUUGGGGGGAACUAUUUUCUCGUGCGGAAGGUUUUUAAGUCGAAAAUGACAGAAACAAGCAAUUUUAUGAAUUUUCAAUAUACUUUUCUUUUUAUAAUACUUUAUUCAUUAUUCUCAUUUUUAACAUUUGAUAGCUUUGUGACAUGUUCUAUAGGUUCUCUAUGACUUGUACUAAACUAAAUUUUGAGAGAGUGAUAGACCUUUAGCAUAAAAUCAUGCAAAUAUAUAGAAAAUGUCUGAAUUUUUUGAAGCCAAAUUUUGCAAUAAUUUUACCUUUGAAGCCAUGUAUCUAAAAUUUGAAAUCACUGACCCCCAUGUUUUAUUAUGUCAAAAUGAUACUGAAUACAUAUGUAGGCAAACUGGAUUAAUCUUCUAAAAUUCUUGAUAUUCAAAAUGUUUUUAUUUCAAAUCAAAUUGUAACUAUUAUAAAAAUUGUCUAUUUUAAGUGCAAAAAGGUCAUACAAACAUUUAUGCAGCUUCAUGCAAUUUUUUUUCGUAAUCCCUCUAUUCAGUGUGACCAUUGUACAUAAUUAAAAGCAACAUUUUAAAAAAAGAGUUUGCUUAAUCGAAAAUUCUGAAACAAAUCCUAAUCAGGCUGAAAUCGCAUUUUAGGUGCAAAAAGGUCAAAUUUAUUUGACCAUAACUCAGAGGGAUGAACACUGACCUCCCAUUAUCUUUGUAUUAUUUAAGUGUGUUUUGUCUACAGAUUUCAAUAGAAUACUUCUCAAGAAAUUCUUGAUACAAGAAGAUUGAGGAGUGGGAUACCUUAAGAUACCAUUUUAAAAAAAUAGUGUUGAUCAAAAUAUGUGAAUUUUAAUAAGAUUAAGAAAAUGGUUUGUGAUAUCAAAAUUUAACAGAUUUUUUUAGAUUCAGAAAAAAUCAGUUUCUUAAAUAAGCUGAAAACAUUAUUGCAGGGAAUAUCUUUUCUGCAGUAAUCUGUUGAAACUCUGUGUGAAACUUUUAGAUUGUUUUACUAUGCUUAUGUUUCCUAAUGUUUUUAUUAUGUUUUAAAAAUCUAUUUUGAUACGUUUUAACUUUCAAACCAUCUGAUUUUCAGAAAACAGACUGUAUAUAUCACUGCGCAUCUUUUUACACAUUCUAA